AUGUCUGAUGAAGAGGGCGGCAAUACAAGAUGCUGCGCCCCGUUCCUCGCUCUCACAGAGCCCAUCGAAGUCAGCGAACUAGGAUCCCCAGAUGGCCUCGACAAACCAUCCGCGUUUUUCCAAUGGCCGUGGCCCAGUCCCCUCUUGUUCAUCAACGAAAGUAGCGAUGCGCGGGAUCACUGCGCCAACGAGCGAACUUUCCUUUCGUAUCUCCGCCUGUCGAUAUACAUGGCCAUCGUCUCUGUCGCCAUCACCGUCUCGUUUCACAUCAAGGGCACGCCAAGCGAUCUCGAGCGCCGGGUGGCAAAGCCUCUUGGUGGGAUUUUCUGGGUCUUGUCGGUUGUGACUUUGGCUCUAGGAGCGGGAAACUAUAUCAGUGAGAUUCACCCCUCUCUUUCAGCCAUCUAUUUGCCUCUAUCCAGCCUCGGUUUUAAGUAUCUACAGAUGGGAACUAACCGCAGUCGUCAUCUUUUUGCCAGGGACCGUCAAUUUAUAUGGUCGAAGAGCCGCUAUUGUGCAAUCUGGCUGGAAGACUCAGGUGGUGUUGGGUAUAAUAGCCACUUCAAUCAUUGGAACGUGCAUCAUAUUGUUAGUCGUCGAUAA